GCGGUUAACUUCAUUUGUUUCAGUUUUCACUUAUAACAUAUAGUGUGUUAUUGUGUUUAAUUAACAUAAAAAAACAAAGCAUGCCUAAAAGACGUUAUAACGUACUUAAAAGUUUGAAAGAAAAUAAUGUAGAAACUGAACUUCAGUCUAUGAUACUGACGCAGGAAUUGAAGUUUAAUUCAAAAGUUUGCCGACAAAUUAAUCAUUUUACUGUGAGCAAAGGAAGUAAACAAACGACCUUUUAUCAACAUUUCGGGAAGGAAAACAUUUUAAAAAAAAGAAAAAUGGCUGACGGCGAUGAGAAUAAGAUUAUUAAACCGAAUAUCGGAGAGGAUGUUCAACAUUUACUUAACGAUCAAAUACGUAUAAGAGAAGGUGCAAUGAAGCUAAUUUCUGCAUGUAGUACACUUAAUCAAGCGUUAGAAGCAAGUAAAAAUUUGCUCACGAUUAAUGCACGAAUUCUUGGACUAAUGAGUGCAUUGCAAAAACAAAAACAAGAAUGUGUUUUGCAAGAAUAUAAUAGAAGUAAAAGUUUCUCUGCAGCAAGUCGUUCUGAAUCAUGUACUGGACAAAUAGCAAUAUCAGAUAUACGUGUGCCUGUUAUGUGGAAGGAUAAUGUACAUUUUACAGGAAGAACUGGUGAUCAGCUGUUUUAUGCUUUUGCAUUGAUUCGAUGUGGUAACGAAGUUAGAGACACUCCACUAUAUGAAGUAACAAGCACUGAUACAGAUAUGUACUUUGAUGAACCUCUUGUGUUUGAAGAGCUCCAAGCAGAUUUCAAAAUGGAAUUUGAACUUUAUUACACGGUUAUAACAGCAAAUGAAAGAUAUGGCUCCAAAGUGCCAUCCAAAAGCACCCUUAUUGUAAAAAAGCGUGCAGUUCAAUUUAAUGUUCCAAAGUUUGCAUUAGCUGGUCAUACACAAUUAUCUGUAGAUGAUAUCAAACAAGGAGUUAUAUCUAAAGAUCUUCUAAUGGGCAGUAAAGGAGCAAGUGGAGUGGCAGUAUUAGGAGAUGCUUCUGAAUUUCCAGUUCAUCCACUAGAAUUGUGGGGGCAAUUUUGCUGUCAAUUAGCUGCUGUUCCUUUAUGUAUGCGCGAGGAGAUUUUUCUUGGAAAUUGUUUUGUUGCAAAGAUGGACAAUGAGUUCGUUGAGUGGUAUGUAGUAUUGUAUCAGUGUGAAUUAAGUUGCUGGUGUAAUCAAAAUACAUAUUCUAAAAGUAGUAAACCAGUUGACGCUAUUAAACUUACUCAGAACACAGAAAUAACUAAGGACUGUUUGACAAUCCAUAUCAAGUCACAAGCUGCUCAACGAUCAUUUAGGUUUUCUGAUGAGAGUAUUUGUUCAAAGUAUCUUGUCACUUUAGAAAACUGUUUACUAAAUCUCCAAGUAUGGAAAUUAGCUUGUGAAGAAGUAAUGGUUAUUCCACAAAGCAAAAAAAAUAGAAUAUCUAUACCAUCAAAAGUUUCUUUCUAUGAUCAAAUUGUUAUCGAAGCUCCUUCUCCAGAUUUGAAUAGAUCAAACAGCUUUGAUUUGAAUAGAUCAAGUAGUUUUGCUUCAACCUGUUCUGAUAAUAAGGACACAGAAGUUCUUGAAAAUAAGGUUUUAUCAGACUCAGAAGAUUUGGCCCAAAUUAUCACUGAUGUUCAUAAUGAUUCAAAUUUGUCAAACAACAAUGAUCAUGAUAUUGAAAAAAAUGAUGAGGUGUUUACUACAGAACCUUUAACAGAUAUUAUGGUAAAAACAGAAACAAAAAGUUCUAUAACAAGUGAUCUUUCUGAGAGCAGCUCAUCUAAUCCAUCCCAUAGUUUAUCUAGUGAUGAAUUGUCUCACAAAGCAUCUAGUAUUGAAACAUGCAGUUUUACAGAAACUUUUAAAUGUACUGAAAGUUUAAAAGAUGUUUUCAAAGAAUCUAGUAGCAUUUUUCCAAGUGAAAACUCUGAUAUAAAUAAAAACUCUAAAAUUACUACAGCUAAUUCUGAUUCUUGUAGUAGUGACUCAACUGCCCCAAACAGUACUCCAACUGUCUCUGGUUGUUGUAUUCAAGAAUCUAAUAGUAAUGAUGAAGUCAUUACAGGACACCACCAAUUAGAUAAUUUUCAAAACUUAACUCUUGAAAAUCAGAAUUAUAUUAAAAAUUCUGAGUUGAAUGACUCAAAUGAAUUGGUAAACAAUUCCAAUUUCAUAAAAGAUCAAAAUUCUGAAAAAUCAAAUUUAUCAGAAUCUACUCUAUCUAAUCUUGUUGACUCCAAUGUUACAGAUCAUUUGUGCUAUAAUCUUGUUGACUCCAAUGUUACAGAUCAUUUGUGCUAUAAUCUUUCAGAUGCAAGAUCCGAAGCUGUUGUUGAGCUUGGUAAUGGUUGUACUGAAACACAAAAUCUUUUAACAAAAGAAUGUGACUCAAAUGCCAGUUGUGGUGAUUAUGGUCAUACUGAAUCUAGUAAUAACAAAAUAUUUGAUGAUAAUGCAUGUAAAAAUAAAGAAAUGUGUGAUAAUAAUGUAUGUAAUGAUUCUAAAAGAGAACUUUAUAACCCUGAUGCCGAAAAAAUACCACCAUCCUCUGAUAGUUCUAUAAUGCCUAAAGAAAAUCUGACUGAUGAAGUUAAUACAUGUCAGUAUAAGGAAAAUCUAAUACAGCCUGAUGAAAUUGAUACUUUUCAGUCUAAAGAAAAUGCAACACAGUCCAACGCAGACAGUUUUUAUUCUGAAAAAAAUUCAGUACAACUUGAUCAAAUAGAUUAUUUUCAAUCUAAAGAAACUAUAUUACAGCCUAAUGAAGUUGAUGCUUUUCAGUUUAAAGAAAAUGCAAGGUUGUCCAGUGAAGUUAAUGAAGUUAGUGAAACUAAACAAGUUAGUAUAUUAUCUUUUAAAGAAGAUGACAUAGUAGUUCAAUCGGAAAAUAUUGAUAAUAGCACUACUUGUCCAUCACAGUUGGUAGAAGAGUUAAACAUUUCUUCUGUUGAUAAAAUAUGUAUUAAUGAUGUUGAUAGCGAUAUUAAUGUAAUGAGUGAUUUCAAUAAAAUUGCAGUAUCUUGUAAUGAAAAUUCUCCUGAAAAUGAAGCUUUUUUGUUAAAUCUUCCUAAAGAUGAUACUCAACCAACUAUUGCCAAUAAUAAUGAGAUAUGUUCAGAAAAAGUACCCAGUUUAGAAACUUUGCAUGAAAAACAUGAUAACGCUGUAGCAGAAAUUUCUUUUGUUGACUGCAGCAAAGGUUCAGAAUGUUGAUUACAAUAUUCAUUUGCAAAUACUAAUUUAGUAGUAUAUAUGAUCAAAUGAUGUUUUGAUAAUGCUGUGCAGUAUUAUAAUUACAUCAAAACGAAAACGAACAAUGAUGAAAAAGUGAUGUGAUGAAAUAUGAAAAUCAAAAGUAAACAGCAAAACAUGUUACAACACGCCAGCUGACAAUGUGAACGUUAGAUUUAAUAUACUAUCAAUAUAUACAUAUUAUAUACAUUUAAACAUCAGAUUUAUGUACACAUCAUGUAUGUAGUAUGUUGUUAAUUUAUUUAUAUAAAUGUUUUUUGAGUUUUUAGGUUUUAUCAAAAUUUCCUUAAAAAAAUUAAGCGUAAUAAUUUUUUUUUUUUAAGUUUUAUUUUAAAUCUAUU